UAUGAAGGAUUAUGCAGGGAAGAUAUUUCUGGCGGAGAAUGUUGAGAUUAGCCUAGUAGAUACAAUCGUAAAUAGAUUUAAAGAGAAAGCUGUGAACAUAGAUGACGAACAAAAAGACGAAAUACUUGGUGGGAAAAACGACGAGCGAUCUACUUUAUUUAUUGUUUUAUCUGACUCUUAUAAUUGUGGACAAACUAUUACAUCGUAUUAUACAUCAUUAUUCAGACAUUUUAGUUCAAAUUCAAAAUCAAACAGAACAUUACUUUCACAUGACGACCAGCUUGUUGUUUUACAACUUUGCUUAUUCGAAAGCCAAAAAGAGGAAAACAAAGAGAGUGAAAUCAGCUUCAAUGAACUGAAAGACUUACAUGAGCAAUUUUUAUCAAAGAAGUUAUACGAAAGAGAUGUUGGAAGUCUGUCAAACGUUCUAGUCGAAAAAUAUACAAAAUAUCUUCAGCGUUGCAAUAUGUUCGAUGCAAUAGAUUUAUAUAAAUCAGUUAAAGAGCUCCUCAAUUCUAGUCCAGUUAAUUUAUAUUUAAAAGAAAAGUGUUUUUUUUUUAUUGGUAAACCUUCAAAUUGUGUGGAACUUGAAAUGUUGAAGGAAUUAAUGAAGCUACUUAAAUGUUUUAAUUUAUCUGUGGAAGUUCCUCUAAAUGCUAGUUUUUGCGAAGAAGCAUUGAGCGAAAUUAAUAUUAUUACUUCAAGAUGUAAGACCGAUGCAAUUAAUUUUACAAAUGAUUCAACGUCACAAAAUUCGCUUUCUAAUUCUGAGCUUUAUACUGAAGAAGCCUUGAUGGCAUAUCUAGAAUUGACAGUAAACACAAGAAACGAGUUGGCUUUAGCAAGAGCAAUCAAUGUUCCAGAGAGGGAAUUUGAUCAAAAAGCGUUUACUGUUCUCAAGCAUCGUUCGGAAGAAAUGAGCCUCUAUCAGACUGCCGUUUCGUACGUAAUGAAAACUCGUCUCGGUGGUAAAAGCUACGCACCUGAUGAAAAUGAUCCCCUAUCGCAUUAUUUGAAAGCUUUAGGAGAUUUUACAGAUUUUAUUCAUAAAUUGCAUUCGAUUGUGGAGGAUGAAAAGAACAGCAGAAAAGCUAUAAAGUCAGUGGUCAACGCGAUUAAGAAAGCCAUAUUGAAAUGUAAAGAUUGUAAAGUUAAGAAAGAUAAGGUUGCAUCCACCUGUGAGCGUACUAUAGCGAAAAUUGAGAGAGUUGACAUUAGCAAUUCAAAUAAAAAGGAAUUGGAAACUUGUAAUUACGAAGGGGUUGAAGCUAUGACGAUAAUUCAAAGAAUCUUGGACGACUAUGCAAGUCGAUGCAGUUCAUCUCUAAAGAAAAUUAUACAGGGAGAAUCAAGUAGAAAAACGCCACUGCCAAUGUGCAGUGUAAUUUAUAAAUUCCAAUCUCCCGAGGAAAAAGAGAGUGAAAGCGUAGAUGAAAAACUCGCGACAGUCACGGAAGUUAAAGAAUCUCCUAUUAAAUUUCAGAAGAGUAAAUGUAAAUCAUUUCUGGAUUGGGCAUUACCUGAUUCUUUAGACUUGAAAAAUGUUCCAAAACCAAUAACACCUCCAAAAAAGAAAAUCGUUCAGAAAGAUCAAAACAAGGCACAAAAGAAAUCUGUUCACGUAAACUUAAAUUCUCUUUAUACAAACGACUUAGAAGCGGAUAAGGAGAAUUUGGAACCAAACUCAUCACCUUGCGCAAAAAAGCCGAAAAAGAAAACAGCUAAAAGAAACAUUGCCAAUUCAUUAAAUGCGACCGACAACAAAAAGAAAAAGGAUCAAAAACGUUUUAAAUUUUGCGGAGAUUUGGAUUGUCCAGAUUGGGUUCUGGCAGAAAUCUCAACCCUCUCUAGAUUAAGUUCAAUAAAAGUUAAACUUCUCUGUGCUCAAAUUGUUAAUGAUCUACUUGGUGGAGCAAUCGAUUUCGAAAAAGUUGGCAAGCUGACACAAGAUGCAAAAUUUGAGGAAGACGAUAUAAAGGCAACAAUAAGCACUGUAAACUUCAUAAUAAGCCACGCUGUUCGUUAUAACGUUGAUACAAAAGUUCUUGUGGAUGAAUUACAACAGCUUGGUUUACCGAAAGUACCCUACCUGGAGAGAAUUGACUGGAGGGCAGACAUUUUGCUAGCCAGUAGUAGAACAGAGGUGAUAAACACGCCUUGCCUUCAACUAAACUUGAAAUUGAGAGAAAAUGGCCGACUGCAGUCAAUUCCAGUUAGUUUGACAGAAGAAAAAUUGAACAUACUAUUGCAUGAACUUAAAGAAGCUCAGAAGAUUAAUUUAAUCGAUAUUUCACCUAAAGAAAAAUAUUUUCACGUCUAUCCAGUUAGCAGACGACAUACUGACAGCGCCACGCCAACUAUGGCAUCAGUGAAUGUAAAAUUAAAUCCUUUUGGAAUUACCUUAAUCAUUGGACUCAUACUAUUACUAUUCGUUUACAAAUUUGGAUUUUUUAGUUUUUCCAAACCAGAUACAGUAGAUAUGAGAGAAUUAAUGUCCGUUUCUAUUGAUUUGGCCGAAAAAGGGGGUAACAGAAUAUUAGCUGUAAAAAAUAAUGACAAAGAGGCUGUAGUGAAAGGUAAAACAAAGGAAGGAGCUAAGGAAUAUAAAACGAAAGCUGACCUAAGUUCUCAUGAAGUAAUUACUGGUGGUUUCAAAAAAGUUUAUGGAGAUACAUUAACAGUAAAAUCAGAGGAAAAAUCAGAUGUCGACGAGAAGAUUCAACCUAUUACCUCUUCAAUAGACUUGGCUAAUAAAGAUAUAUUUCAACAAUUAUCCGAAAACAACAUCAGAGUUGCAAAAUCAGACAUAACAAUCUGGGUGGAUCCAUUGGAUGCUACCCAGGAAUAUACUGAGGACUUGAACCAAUAUGUUUCAACAAUGAUUUGUAUAGCUAUUAGAGGGGUCCCGGAAUUUGGAGUCAUUCAUUUUCCAUAUGCUACAGAGAACAAAAGGACUUUCUGGGGCUAUGCUAAAGGUGGUAAGGUUUCCAGCAAUCUCAAGAAAGACGCGCAGCCCAGUAGUCCUGACUGGAAAUUUAUCAUAUCUCGAUCGCAUUCAGGAUCGAAAGUUAAGGAAAUCUUAAGUGAAGCAUUUGGAAAAGAUGUCAAAAUAGAAGCUGCUGGAGGUGCGGGUUAUAAAACUAUUCAGGUUCUAACAGGUGGUGCAACUGCUUAUGUUCAUUAUACAAAAAUAAAGAAAUGGGAUAUUUGUGCUGGAAAUGCUAUUGUGAACGCCAUGGGAGGUAAAAUGACAACAACAAAAAAUGACAAAAUCAACUAUUCAGCAUCAGGCUCAAAUGAAAACAACGAAGGCUUACUUGCGUAUUUAUCAAAAGGCGAUACAAUUUUGAGUAAGCUAGCUGGAAAGGAUGUAAAUAAUGCUAAAAAUUGA